AUGCAAGGGGAACCAUCUAGAGAUAAAGAUCUCUCAUUCGCAAAGCUCAGCGACCUUGGACUGCAUGUCGCAAUCAAAAUCGUCUCCCUCGAAGGAAAGAUCCCAAAACGAACGUAUACUCAGCUACUGGAGAAUGAAGAUCUCAGGCAUUCGGGGGUUGAUAAGGAAGGAUUGGCCGACCUGUAUGUCACCUGUCAACUGUGGACCGAUGGCAAGGCCGAGACUCUUCCCUUCAGAACAGCGUGGAAGGACUUUGCGAGGUCAUACAUAUGGAACCAGUCAAUCGUACUGCCUAUAACGUACCCAAGCUUGCUACCCAACUCCCAGCUGGCAUUCACAAUCUGGGAUGUUCAAGGCGCAGGCAAGAACGUCCCAGUUGGCGGUACCACAAUGAGCCUGUUUAGCUCUGACCGGACUCUGCGCCGUGGCCAGCAGCGCCUAUAUGUUCAUCGCGGUGUGGAAGCCGAUCCCAAGCCAGAGUCCACGACGCCUUGCGAGAUGCCGAUGGCCGAGGACGAGACCGGGCGGUUAGAGCAAUUGGUCAAGGAGUACGAGCGUGGGGACAUUGUCAAGAUUGACUGGCUCGACCGGAUAGCCUUCCGUCAGAUUGAACGAGCUCAUGCGGCUGAAGCGAACAAAUCGCAGCACUUGUUCCUAUACAUCGACCUCCCUCACUUUGACUUUCCGGUAGUCUUCUCGGAGCACGAGAGUCCGAUUCCCAAUCCCCCUCAACCAGUCGCGCAUCCCCCACAGGCGCAGCAACAUACUCCUUCUUUGCCGCCCCACUUCCUCACCACCGACAAGAACCUCUGGAAACUGUAUGAUCCUGACUCGUGGCGUGAGAAUCCCGUGGAGAUCAAGCACCGUAAACUUCUACGUAGCCAGCGUCUAGGGGACGAGGGCAGGGACCUCAAGCCUAGCCCUGCAGACCGUGACAGGUUGAACGAAAUAUUUAGUUUGCCGCCCACAGCGUCGCUGUCUGCCAACGACAAGGACCUCUUGUGGAAGUUUCGCUUUUCGCUCUUCCGCUCCCCUCGAUCGCUCACAAAGUUCCUCAAAUGUGUAACUUGGUCUGAUCCGGUUGAAGCAAAGCAGGCCACCGAGAAGCUACUCCCCCUGUGGGGACAGGAUGUCGGUAUGGACGACGCUUUGGAACUUCUUGGCCCGGGAUUCACCGACCGGCGUGUACGCGCAUUUGCAGUGGAACGGUUGAAGCGGGCAGACGAUGACGAAAUUCUCCUAUAUCUGCUACAACUCGUUCAAGCGCUCAAGUUUGAGCAUGAACCUAUCCCAUCCACACGUUCACACCGUCGUCGCGAGGUAGCACCUAGCCAUGAGGCCGAAGAGAGUGGGCUAGCUCAAUUCCUUAUCGACCGCGCGGUUACCAACCCGGAGUUUGGUACCACCUUCCACUGGUACUUGAUGAUCGAGUGUGACACACGCACCCCCACGGGUAAAAUGUUCACCAAGGUGGCAUUCCGUUUCAUGACCAAGCUGCUGGAAACAUCAGCGGGUGUUGCGCAAAGGGAUGUCUUGCGUCGCCAGGGCGAGUUGGUCGAGUCGCUAUCAGCACGUGCCAAGGACAUUCGGGGCUCCAAGGACUCGAGGUCUCGAAAGAUUGACAAACUUCAAGCGUACAUUGCCGACGCUCGCAAUGGUCUUUGCCCCCUCCCUGCUCCUCUGCCGCUUCCCCUGAACCCCCGAGUAUCAGUCACUUCCGUUGCCGCCGACCGGUCGUCCAUCUUCAAAUCUAACUUGCUACCCCUUCUCGUUUGGUUCGAAACUGGAGACCAGGUGAUACCGGCGGACGAGGAGGACGAGGAUGCCGAUACAGAUAGCCUGUCGCCAGACUACCCGGUCAUCUUCAAGAAUGGUGAUGAUUUGCGCCAAGACCAGCUGGUCAUUCAGCUGUUCAAUCUCAUGGAUCGUCUCUUGCGCAAGGAAAAUCUCGACCUGCGUCUCAGCCCAUACUCGGUCCUGGCAACAGCGACCAGCGAAGGCAUGAUUCAGUUCGUUCCGAGUAAGAGUUUGGCCGCCAUCAUGUCCGAGUAUGGCAGUCUGCAAAACUAUUUGCGGGAGGGUCAUUCCGACGACGGUGCUCUCGGCACUUACGGCAUCGAGGCCGGGGUGAUGGACACUUUUAUUCGCAGCUGCGCCGGUUACUCUGUUUUGACGUAUGUCCUGGGCGUUGGCGAUCGCCACUUGGAUAACCUGAUGCUGUCGCCAGAUGGUCACUUUUUCCAUGUCGACUUUGGCUAUAUUCUCGGCCGUGAUCCCAAGCCAUACCCGCCCCCUGUCAAAGUGUGCAAAGAGAUGGUGGACGCCAUGGGAGGCACAGGCUCGACCCACUACGCCCGCUUCACGGCUCUUUGCUACACGGCAUUCAUCGGUCUACGCAAAAACUCCAACCUGAUUCUCAAUCUUGUGGCUCUCAUGGUGGACGCCGGUAUUCAGGACAUCCAGCUUGAGCCAGACAAAGCUGUGUGGAAGGUCCAAGAGAAGUUUAUGCUCGACCUAUCGGAAGAAGACGCGAUUAAACAGUUCGAGGUGCUGCUCAUCCCUUAG